AAAAAAACAAGAAACAAAAGCGAGGCCAGAGAAAAGAGAGCCGCCAAACGACGGGCGUUCGUCCCUCUUCUCUGCCGACCAAAACCCUAAACCCUAGCCCGACUAACCCCCUCCCCCUCCUCCUCCGGCGGCGGCGCCAGCCACCGGCAGCACACAAACCGGGCGAAGAUGCCGCUGGGGCAGCGCGCCGGGGACAAGAGCGACUCCCGCUACUGCGGGGUCGAGGUGCUCGACUUCCCCGCCGGCGACGGCCUCCCCGCCGUCCUCACCCACUCCCUCUCCUCCGCCUUCGACUUCCUCCUCGCCCCGCUCGUCGAUCCCGACUACCGGCCCACGCCCGGCGCCGUCCUGCCGGUGGCGGCCUCGGACCUCGUCCUCAGCCCGUCCCAGUGGAGCAGCCACAUCGUCGGGAAGAUCAGCGAGUGGAUUGAUUUGGAUUCCGAGGACGAGCAGCUCCGGCUCGACUCGGAGCUCACGCUUAAGCAGGAGAUCGCCUGGGCGACUCAUCUCUCCUUGCAGGCGUGCGUUAUUCCUCCUCCCAAGAGAUCGACCUGUGCCAAUUAUGCUAGAGUUGUAAAUAAUAUUUUGCAAGGCCUGACCAAUAUGCAGUUGUGGCUUAGGAUACCUCUGGAGAAGUCUGAAUCUAUGGAAGAAGACCGUGACAAAGUAAAUAAUAAUAACCCCACGAGUGAAACAGUAGACUCGUGGGAAUGGUGGAAUUCAUUCAGACUGUUAUGCGAGCAUAGCAGUCAACUGUAUGUAGCACUUGAUAUCUUGAGCUCGCUGCCAUCAAUGAACUCUCUAGGGCGCUGGUUUGGGGAGCCUGUAAGAGCUGCGAUUCUUCAAACAGAUGCUUUUCUAACAAAUGCAAGAGGUUAUCCUUGCUUGUCCAAACGCCACCAGACUCUGCUUACUGGUUUUUUUAACCAUUCAGUUCAGGUAAUUAUCUCUGGGAGAUCAAAUCAUAAUGUUUCCCAAGUAUCUGAAGGAGUGCUCUCACGUGAUGAAAACCACACCGAAGAUACCCCCACUCAGCAUGCAUUGAGCCCGUACCUUGACUACAUGGCCUACCUCUAUCAGAGGAUGGAUCCACUUCCUGAGCAAGAACGCUUUGAGAUCAACUAUAGGGAUUUCUUGCAAUCUCCUCUCCAGCCUCUGAUGGAUAAUUUGGAAGCUCAGACGUAUGAGACUUUCGAGAAAGACACUGUGAAGUAUACACAGUAUCAAAGAGCAAUCGCUAAGGCGUUGGUUGAUAAGGUCUCAGAUGAUGAAGUUUCCACAGCUAGGACGGUCUUGAUGGUUGUUGGAGCAGGCCGAGGGCCUCUCGUAAGAGCAUCAUUGCAGGCUGCAGAAGAAACUGGUCGGACGCUAAAAGUAUAUGCAGUGGAGAAAAAUCCUAACGCAGUUAUUACUCUUCAUAGUUUGAUCAAAUUGGAAGGGUGGGAAAGCAUGGUUACUAUUAUUUCUAGUGACAUGCGGUGCUGGGAUGCUCCUGAAAAAGCUGAUAUUUUGGUCAGCGAGUUGCUUGGGUCCUUUGGUGAUAAUGAGUUAUCUCCUGAGUGUCUAGAUGGUGCCCAAAGAUUCUUGAAGCCUGAUGGGAUUUCUAUUCCUUCAUCUUACACAAGCUUUAUCCAACCAGUAACUGCAUCGAAACUACACAAUGAUAUUAAAGCACACAAAGAUAUUGCACAUUUUGAAACGGCAUAUGUUGUCAAGCUACACCGAGUAGCAAGACUUGCACCUCCACAAGAGGUUUUCUCUUUCGCACAUCCAAACUUCUCACCAAAGGCCACCAACCAAAGGUAUACCAAGUUGCAGUUUGAACUACCACAAGACACGGGAUCAUGCCUUGUGCACGGAUUCGCUGGAUAUUUUGAUGCCGUACUAUAUAAAGAUGUCCAUCUAGGAAUUGAGCCGAACACAUGUACACCAAACAUGUUUAGCUGGUUCCCAAUCUUUUUCCCACUGAGGAAGCCCAUAUACGUGCCGUCAGAGUCGCCCAUAGAAGUGCACUUUUGGCGAUGCUGUGGUGCCACCAAGGUGUGGUACGAGUGGGCUCUGGUGGCUCCGUCUCCAUCCCCGAUCCAUAACAGCAAUGGCCGGUCAUAUUGGGUCGGUCUAUAAGUUGGAAAAUCAGAAUACUCUGUCGGUUUUUUGAGAGAGAAAAAAUUGUCGAUCAUAUGCUUGGUUUUUUAGUGUGUCCAGCUACCUGGGUCAAAGAAACAGAUCUUAGAACCUGGAUACAGGCACAUGCUGUAACUCGCAAGCUUUUGCUUUGUAACAUCUUUUACUUAUUGUUGUUGCCGCGCUAA